AUGUUUGCGGAUAACAUUGAAAAAUUAUAUCAGAAUUAUGGCAUCCUAGCCGACGCCAAAGAUGACAUAUCAAAGCAUGAAAAAGAGUUCUUUGAAAUAGUAGCGGCAGUCAAAGGAUCUGAUAAGGAAAAACGUUUGGCAUCACAAAUUAUCGCGAAAUUUUUCAACAGUUUUCCUAAUUUAGCUGAUCAAGCCACUGAAGCUCUAUUUGAUUUGUGUCAGGACUAUGAUUCAGCCAUCCGGAAACAAGCUAUCAAAGAUUUGCCUACGCUAUGUAAAGGCAACAAAGAGAAUACUCAAAGAAUUGUUGAUAUAUUGGCCCAGCUUUUAACAACAGAUGACACAACUGAAUCAAACGUUGUCACUAACUCACUGUUGGCAAUAUUAAAGACAGAUGCUAAAGGUGCACUGACAGGUUUAUUCUCACAAAUACAUCAGAACUCCGAUACUGAAGUCACAGGUGAAGUUGUCAGGGACAGGUGCAUUAAAUUCUUGGCUACUAAAGUGAAACAACUUGGCAGAGACGUCAUCAACAAGGAAGCUGAAGAGUUAAUCAUUUCAGAAUGCACGAAACUGUUGGAGAGCCAAGAUGUUACAGCCGAAGAGUUCGACCAUAUCAUGGACUUAUUGACAUGGUCAAAAUUGGGGCAAUCUACUUUGGGCAGAAAGGAACUUGUACAAAUUGUUGCUGCUCUUGCAUUCACCCCUGAUGAUCCUGAAUAUUUAGAGAGGAUUACACAGUGUUCCCAACAUGCCCUACCCUUGUUUUCGGCUGAAGUGGAUUCUAACCAGUUUAUCAAUUUCUUCUGUGAUCAUGUACUCAGAAGGUGGAAUGAAAUACCAACUCCUGAAGGAGUCGCAGAUGCUAAAUUAGAUCUCCUGAAAUCAUUUGCUGAACUCACAGAGCAUUGUGGAGAGUUAGAAAAUCCACAGCAGAGAAUUGAUGCUGUUUAUGAUUUGCUCAUGAAAUAUCUACCGAAGGCACCAGUAGAAGAUGAUGAAAAAGAUGGUAAAUCAUCACCCUAUCUUCAACUUUCCCAUGUGGAAUGCGCGUUGUUCUCGCUCCACUCUUUAUGUCGGAAGGCGCCGGAUGUUCUGAGCGCCGAUGCCGCUAAACUCAAACCACUACGCUCACGUCUACAAUAUACAGCGCGUCUUACACAAGGGUACACAAGGAAAUUGAAGGGUCUUACACAGAUAGGAGAAGACGCCAGUUCAGAAGAAAGCAAAUUGAGAGUCGCUACAUUGAAAGCUAUAUCUAAUAUCAACACUCUCAUCAGGGAUGUUUUCCGUGCCCCGCCAAGCUUCAACAGUAAAGUUCAACUGUCAUUCAAGUCAAAGAACACUGAGAAAGAGGUUCAAGAACAACCAGCUUCUGAAGAUAAAAAACAGUCGCCCAGACAAAAACGCCACCGCCCUGUCACCUUUGAUAAUGUACAUGACAAAAUGUCUCCUGAAAAACGUUCAAAAAGCGAUGAUAGAAAUUUAAGAAUAUACACUCCACCUUGUGGCAAAUAUAGUUCACGUCUUAAUAACAAUGGAAGAUUUUCAAGGUCUAACUCUGGUAGGGGAGUAAGGGGUGGUAAUGGUAGAUGUGGCUUUAGAAAUAAUGGAGCCCCAUUCAGAAGGCGUAAUAAUUAA